GUCAUAUCAGCAGAAAAUGUAUCUAAGCUAGAGCUGAGAGCUAGCUAGAGACAAGAUGACCUGUCCAGGCUGUGUACGACUGGCAAGUAGCGAUGGAGAGGUGUUUGUGGUGAGCAUUACGGCAGCCAGGACCUCCAGAAUGUUAGCCACCAUGCUAGACGAUCUAGGCCAUGAACCUGAUGAUGUGAUCCCACUGCCCAAUGUGACAUCACGCCUGCUCAAAAAGAUUCUGAUAUGGGUCGAUCAUCAUCUGAGCAAGGAUACAUCUUCCUCAGCAGCCACGCCGACUUCAGUAACCACACCCACUUCUACCCCACCCCCUCUCCAGCCUCGUCUCCAGUCACACGUCCCCCAGCGAGGGGAGGGCCUCUCACUCACCACGCCCCUCACAACCUGGGAGCAAGAGUUCGUACAAAAGAACAAAGAUGAGAUUUAUCAACUACUUGUGGCUGCCAACUACCUGGACAUCAAGGCUCUACUGGACCUCCUCUGUCAGACUGUGGCUGGGGUCAUCAAAGGGAAAGAUCCCGAGACAAUACGACGAACCUUUCACGCCUCACAUCCCCACACUCAACACCCACACCCACACACCCUCACAGAACAUAGAAGAACUCAUAAAGAAACUUCUGUAUAGUUGUGUGUAUUGUGCAAUUGACUUGUGUGCAUGCGUGCGUGCGUGCGUGCGUGCAUGUAUUCUCUUUAUGGUUUAAUUUUCAUGAGUGUAAAGUAUAUUUUAACUGCAACUGCGAAAACUGUAGAAACUUUA